AUGCGCCUGAGCAUGUCUUCCUCCAAUGCUGCUCUUCCCUCGUCGUCAGGCUCAUGCACUCUGCUCCGGGCAGUCUGUCACGCCCUACUGCUUCUUCCGUCGUUGGCUGGGGCACAGAAUGCAUAUCCUUCCGGCAUGAGGACGGAGACGCCACCCUCCGGGUCCCUUCAGUAUAUACUUCAGAGCCAGCAGUUCGCCACCAAUCCGAUUCUUCUACUGGGCCUGGUUGAGUCCAUGGCCCGUCCUCCUUCGCAGAAUUUCACCAUCCAUGGAGUGCUGAAGAGCGUAAACCGUGAGAAUAUCAACCAGCUUGGUGGUAGCGAUAUAGUUAUGGUUAGCUGUGAUGAGUUUGCGCAGCCUAAUAACCUUAAAGUCAAGGAUACACUGAAGACUAUCAUGACUCGAAGUCCCACGCCGGCGGCGAUGAUACUGUACAGCAUGCAACUGGACCGCUGCCAGUACAAAGCGGACGAUGCUCUACCAGCGUACCCAAACAUCUUCACAAUCACUCGGGUCACAACAUCUCAGGCCGUGCAACGGAAGCUUGAGGCUAGCUCUGGUGGAACAUCCUCGAUCGAAGUGUCUCAGCCUUCCACGGUUAUCAACGGAGACUUGGAACACAAGGACCCCAGCCGGCCGAUCGAGAAGAGUACCCAGAACAGCAGCAGUACCCCCAGCACCUCGGUGGCCAUGAUCAUUCUGUACUCUGUCACGGGCGUUGUCACGCUCCUCUUUCUGAGCGUCAUCGUCACGGGGGCCAUCCGCGCACACCGCCAUCCGGAGCGGUACGGGCCGCGUGAUGCCGUGGGCCGCCCGCGCCAGAGCCGAGCCAAGGGUAUCGCACGAGCAAUGCUCGAGACGCUUCCGAUUGUGAAAUUUGGCGAUCUGGACGACCAUCCGGCGGGCCAGCAGCGCGGCGAUGGGAAGACAAAACGGGGCGACGAGGAGAUGGGGGACGCCCAGCAUCCAGAGAUGGCAGCGAAGGAGCGGCCAUCAGAGGAUUCGUCGGCUUUCAGCGUCAAGAAUGUAGAGCAUCAAGCGGCGUCGACGGAGCAGGCGAACGUGGGCGCUCCGGCGUCUCGCGCUGCGUCUCCAGAGGCCGGCCCGGCGGGCGCGGCGACAGCGACGGCGACGGCGACGGCAGACGCUGCUCUAGGUUGUCCGAUUUGCACGGAGGAUUUCGAGAAGGGGCAGGAUGUCCGGCUGCUGCCCUGCGACCACAAAUUCCACCCCGAGUGCAUUGAUCCAUGGCUGGUGAAUGUCUCUGGGACAUGUCCUCUGUGCCGCAUCGACCUGCACCCGCCCAGCGAAGACGAGGAAGAAGACGGCUACUACGACGACGACGGCCACUUCCACCCUCGCGAGCCAGACCCGAACGACGCCAACCACAACCACAACCGCAACAACAACGAUGCUGCUGCUGCUACUGAAGGCGACGGCGAGCCCGCGCCAGCACCGCGCACAUCAGGCGACUCCAGCACCACGACGGCUCCGGACCAGCCGGCAGCUCCCCGCCGGGCAGCUCGCCGCGCGCGCCCGCGCCGCCGCAGCCUCGCGACGUACAUCCAAUCGACGAUCAACGCGAUCCCGCUCAGCGACGCGACGCUCGAGGAACGACUGGAUGCCGUUCGCCGACUGCGCACGGCGCACAACAACAACACCAACAGCCAGACGGGCGACAACAAUAAUGCCUCGGCGGCGGGCGCGAUUGGCCCUUCCUCCUCGUCUGCGGACCACAACAACCGUCGCAGUCGCCGGUUCUCGCAGAUGCUGAUCGGGUUCCGCGUGCGGACGAGACGGCAUGGCGAGGAGGCGUGA